UGAUCCAGCCACCGGAGUUGAAUCCUGUCAGUUAUAUCUCUACUCCCUACGACUACAGGCACUAAGCCUAACUCCUAACCCCACUCCGAAGAAUAAAAGAAGCUUAAGAAAAAAAAAAAAAAAGAAGCCGUAAGGAGAGCAAAGCAAAGAAUCAAAGCUAAAUUCGUUAGAUUCCAUCCUGCGCCUAACUACUUUUAUCAUUCUAGCGUGCGCCACACAUGGGAGGAGAUGUAACCGGAGCCAUCACCACCGCCGUCGCCACCACGGCAGCCCCACCCUACGGUGGAGGCCCGGCUGAACCUCAGUACGUUUCGGCGAAGACAUCGGUUUGGUGGGACAUAGAGAACUGCCAGGUCCCCAAAAACUGCGACCCACACGCGAUCGCGCAAAACAUUAGUUCGGCGCUGGUUAAGAUGAACUACUGUGGGCCCGUUUCUAUCUCCGCCUACGGCGACACCAAUCGGAUUCCUUCUUCUGUACAGCAGGCGCUUUCAAGCACCGGCAUCGCACUCAAUCAUGUCCCCGCCGGUGUGAAAGAUGCGAGUGAUAAGAAGAUUCUAGUUGAUAUGCUGUUUUGGGCAGUAGAUAAUCCUGCUCCUGCGAAUUAUCUGUUGAUUUCUGGGGAUAGGGAUUUUUCCAAUGCGCUCCAUCAGUUACGCAUGAGAAGAUAUAAUAUUCUUUUGGCGCAGCCUCUGAAGGCUUCCGCACCCCUUGUUGCUGCGGCCAAGAGUGUAUGGCUUUGGAUGAGUCUUUCCGCUGGUGGCCCUCCUCUUUCAAGUGGUGAAUCGACUAAACUUGCUAAUGGUCACAAUAGUUUUAACUCUGAAAUGUUGUAUAACCCGAUUCCUGAAAUGGUUCAGUAUAGUCAACCAAUGGUUUUUAGUUCUGAAAAUGUUACAUUGGGGAAUCAAAAUGUUUCUAAUGCUGGAAGGAAUGGUGAUAACAAAUAUAAAGGGAAAUAUAUGAGGAAAGCCCCUAAUCAGCCAAGCAUAUCAAGAGCCUCUAGCGAGCCAACAACUACCAUUCAAGAAAAUAUGAACAAUGGAUACUCUUACCAGCCAGAGUAUGCACAGGCAAAGUCGUUUAAGAAAGCACCACAUGAGUUUUUUGGUGGCUGUGAGCCUGCUGUCUCUGCAAGCAAGUCUACUCCAAACUUCUUUCCUAGCAAUCCUGACCCAUCAGGGAGUAACAAUGGUAAUUUCAUGGGCAUUCAUCAGAAUCUUCAUCCUCUUUCAUUGAGGCCAAAUAACAUACCUCUGCAACCAGCUUUUGCACAAGAUAAUUUGCUACCACCAAAUUCACAAAAUCAUGGUUUCCGCCCAAUGCCUCCUAGAAUGGAGGCACCUAGAUUUCCGGCCCCACUCUCAAAUCUGCCUGAUAUGGGUAAGUUAAAUAUCUCUAAGCACUCUACCUAUACUCAAAAUCCUUCUAAUUUUCCUCAUCGAAUUGGAGAAGAGUUUAAAACAAGCUCUAUCGAGUCAUUGCCUAAUCAAGCUGGCCUAAAUGUACCACAAAAGAGCCAUGUGUUGCACAGUAGCCAAGCAAGUCAGCACGAUACUUUUAGUAAUAGGUAUCCACGCGGUCCUGAAUUUCCACCACCAUCAUCCACAGCAAUUUCUAGUUCUCUUAGCAAUGGCAUUUGGGGAGCUCAAGGACGCUCACCACCUUCUGAAUAUGUGCAAGGUCUUAUUGGUGUUAUCUUACUUGCAUUAAACACACUCAAAACUGAAAAGAUUAUGCCUACUGAAGCAAACAUUACUGAUUGCAUUCGUUACGGAGAUCCAAAACACCGCAAUACUGAUGUAAGGAAGGCUUUGGAUAGUGCAGUUGAGCAACAUAUGGUAUUGAAGCAAAGUUUAGGUGCAGUGCAGUUGUAUGUUGGUAGAAAUGAGAAACUAUGGAAGUGUGUCAAUCCUAUUGGUGGGAAUCCUAAUCAGUUCCCAAAGACAACGUGGGAUGGAAUACAGAAGUUUUUAUCAUCCCCUGAGGGACGAUCAGCAAUGAUGGCUUCUCAAUGCAGAUAUGAAGCAGCUUUGGCUUUAAGAAAAGAAUGCUUGGAAGAAUUUGCUUUAGGUGAUGCUCUCCAGAUCUUGAAUAUGAUAAUUGCCAUGAAGAAAUGGAUUAUACAUCAUCAGUCAGGAUGGCAACCAAUUACAAUUACCCUUCCAGAGACUAAAACAGAAAUGGGUACUGGAACCGCUGCUUGACCUGAUCAAGAGUGGUUUUGAUACUGAAAGUGGUCCUAAUGUGGUGAAAGAUGGUAAGAAUUGUCUGCUGAAUUAAGGUUAAGAAACAAGGGUCACUUUGGCAAAAAAAAAAAAAAAUCAUCAAGUUUCAAGAAAACUAUUGGCGGACUAUGAUUUCUGGCUCAUGACAAAAGUAGGAAUAGGUCAUUUUCUUUUCAUGUUUUUGUUUUGUUUUUCCUUUUACCUUUAUUUGCUG